AUGGCCGAAUUUCCGGAAAAAAAGAGGCCCGUGAGCUUCAAGGAAUAUCUUAAAGGACAACGGUCCACUCCUGACCCCAAUGCCCUUUUUAUCACCAAGAGCUUUCUUCGUCUCAAAAGCUUCGUUGAUGGAAAGGUUGCCGAACUUGGCAAGGAGAGAAUUUUUAUGCUGUUUUAUUACGAACCAGCCGAAAACCGCACCUACAUCGCACCCUACCUAUACCUAUCUGGUAAUAGUACACGCAUUAUGACUCACGACGGCCUCAUGUCGAUGAGCAUGUUAUCCAUACACUCCUACGAAAACAAUCAAGUUUUUACUGACUACGUCGGACGAGCAUUAACCGUUGCUGACCGAAUUGUUUUUGUUGAAAAGACCAAUCAAAUUGACAACAGAUGCUUUGCAAUACUUCAUGACGGCUUCGAGAGCCGUUUUUGCACGGCACACUUAAACAAUGACAAUCAGCUUGAUGACCUCAAAUUUAUACUAGCUGGUGGUCAUUCUAACGACAUGACGAUCUCGAGCAAGUUGCAAACAAAAAAUAAACUAAUAGACGCUGCUGAACGCGAAGGUAUCAUUGAUUCAAGUAGGGCAGGUCAACUCAGAUCAAACUUACCCUACAAACCUGACUUUACAAAUCAGGAAAUUUUCGAGCUUAAAAAACGACAUACCCCCAUCACCAAGGUCGUGUUGCACGAACACGCCCCCUAUUUAAACCAUUACUACCUAGAAAGACUCAAGCUUGCAGAGGAAAGGGAGAAAUUUAUCCCCAAUCUUGGAUACACCGCACAAUUUGAUGACACAAAACCUUUCACCUCCGUAUUCCCCCACCACUCCAACAAGGAUGAGAACCACUUUGAUGAAGCUUUAUAUAUUGAAAAAAUUGCUGAAAACGCUAACAAAAGGCUUCACAAGUCAUUGGCCACUUUGCUCAAUAUAACUGACCGCGCUGAAACCUACUGGCCCGACAAUUUUGCUGAAAUCUUCAUCAAGAGUCAAGUCCUGAAAAAACUUGAAAAGAUGUGGAGCAGCGCAAAAGCUGGUCAAACUCUCGCGUCAUUGCAUGAGUUCGCCAUUUACAUGAUCGGCCCUGUUGUUAGAAUG